ACAUUGUUGGCAGUGUUGCAAAAUAGCCUUCUUCCCUUUCAUUCGCUCAACCAGUGUGCUUCUUUUUUCAUCAUCCUUCAUCUUCUUCUUCUCCCUCUUCCUCUCCCUUUCUCUCUUUCCCAAUGUCAUCUCUCCACCUUCUUCCCGCCGCGUUACCAUCGCCCCCAACUCCACAUUCCUCCUCCACAUGACAAAAAGGAGAAAAACGAAUCUAUGGAAAAUCAUUCAGAAAAACCAAGCUCUCCCCAUUAAUUCCAUAUUCAAGCUUCCUGCACCUGUUACAAAUUCUUGGCCUCCAGGUGGUAAUUUUGCAAGUGGAACAAUUGAUCUUGGUGGGCUGCAAGUGUGUGAAGCAUCAACAUUCAACAAAGUUUGGGGCACCUAUGGUGGUGGACCUGAUGAUCAAGGUUUCUCCAUUUUUGAGCCAUCAGGAGUACCUAAAGGCUUCUCCAUGUUGGGUAGCUACAGCCAGCCCAACAACAAGCCUCUUUUUGGAUAUGUUCUUGUGGCAAAAGAUGUGUCCACAAACACCAGCAACCCUAGUCUAAAGCAACCACUUGAUUACACACUUGUGUGGAACAGUGCAUCUCUGGAGAUUGACCAAGAUGGUCCCAUCUAUGUUUGGCUUCCAAUAGCACCGAAUGGGUAUAAAGCUGUAGGCCAUGUUGUCACCACAACACCAACUAAGCCUUCACUUGAAAAAAUCAUGUGUGUCAGGUUAGACCUCACUGACCAGUGUGAGACAAAUUCAUUCAUUUGGGAUUCAGACAACUUCAAUUUUCUUGAUGUCAGACCAAGCAAUAGGGGGAUUCAAGCACCUGGUGUUAGAGUAGGCACCUUUGUUGCACAAAAUGCAAGUCUUAACUCUCCAUCUAUUGCUUGUUUGAGAAACACCAAUGCCAUACCAAAAUACAUGCCUAAUCUACCACAAAUCAAGGCAAUUCUUCAAGUUUACUCUCCAGUUAUGUCCUUGCACCCUGAUGAAGAAUUCUUUCCAUCUUCUGUGGAGUGGUUUUUCUCCAAUGGUGCACUUCUAUAUAAGAAAGGGCAAGAGUCAAGUCCUGUCCCAAUAUCACCAAAUGGGGCUAACCUUCCUCAGGAUCCUAAUGAUGAUGGUGCCUAUUGGGUGGACCUUCCUGCUGAUUCAACCAACAAAGAUAGGGUCAAGAAAGGAGACUUGAAAAGUGCCAUAAGUUAUGUGCAUGUGAAGCCAAUGCUUGGAGGAACCUUCACUGACAUUUCAAUGUGGGUCUUCUACCCAUUCAAUGGAGCAGCAAGAGCCAUAGUUGAUUUCUUAACUAUUGACUUGGGGAAGAUAGGUGAACAUGUUGGUGAUUGGGAGCAUGUGACACUAAGGGUGAGCAACUUCAAUGGUGAAUUAAAGCAUGUCUAUUUCUCACAACACAGAAAAGGUGCAUGGUUUGAUUCAUCUCAAUUAGAGUUCCAAAGUGGGAACAAACCAUUGUACUAUUCUUCCUUGCAUGCCCAUGCAUCAUACCCUCAUGCUGCCCGUAACAUCACGGAUAAGAUAGGCAUAAGGAAUGACACUGCUAUGAGUGACAGUGUCAUGGAUUUGGGGGCAUUUCAAUUGGUUUCUGCUGAGUAUUUGGUUUCCGAUGUUGUGGAGCCUCCUCCAUGGCUUAACUAUUUCAGGGAAUGGGGUCCUAAGAUUUAUUACAAUGUUGAUGAGGAAUUGAAGAAGCUUGAGAAGUUUUUGCCUGGGAAGCUGAAAUCUACUUUGGAGAAUAUUGUGAAGAAUUUGCCAAGUGAAGUGUUGCGACAGGAAGGACCAACAGGUCCUAAGGUGAAGGAUAGUUGGAGUGGAGAUGAAAGGUGAGGAUUGUAUAGUUUAGUUCCCUUAAAUUGAUUGAGAAUAAUGCUAAUUAUUGUGUGCAAACUUGUGUUUGUCCACGAACCUAUGCUUUUUAACAAGUGGUUUUGAGAUCAUUAUCUAGCUUUCUUUUUUGAAUA